AUGUAUGCUUCUACUUCCUUUACUUCACCAUUCCUCCAUGAGCUUCUUGUGGAAUCUCACACAAGAAGGUUACUCUUCCAACACCCUGUUGAUCAUCAAUCACUAACCAACUCCGAUGUUUUAACAAACAACCAUAAUUCAACAGACUCACAUUCUCUUGAAUUUGAUUCAAAUGUUGUGAUGAUACUUGCAGUUCUAUUGUGUGCGCUUAUUAUAUGUUCACUUGUAUUAAACUCCAUCAUAAGGUGUGCUUUUAGGUUUUCAAACGUAGCCAUCAGCAAUAACGGCUCUUCUUUGAGUUCGAGCAGCAACUCUUCACCUCAAUUGGGCAACAAAGGAAUCAAGAAGAAUGCUCUCAAGACAUUUCCUAUAGUGAGCUUCUCAGUUGAGGUGCAACUGCCAGGUUUGGAUGCGGAGUGCAUGAUAUGUCUCUCAGAGUUCGCAAAGGGUGAAAAGAUACGCAUAUUGCCUAAAUGCAACCAUGGUUUUCAUGUUGGUUGCAUUGACAAAUGGCUAAAGGAACAUUCAUCAUGCCCCAAGUGCAGACAGUGCCUCCUUGAAACAUGUAGAAAGAUUGUUGGAUCAGAAGCACCACCGACGUUGCCGGUGCCAGAAACUAUUAUUAGGAUUCAACCACUAGACCAUGAAGCCGUUGAACGUAGUUAUAGGGAAGAAAGCAGAUAA